AUGGAUAAAAAGAAACCCUUCUCGGUCACAGCCUCAUCGCUGGUGGAUCUGAAGGCGGAACUCUACAGGAAACAGGAGCAGUUUAAGCAAGACAAACUCUCACAAGUCAGCGGUGGAAGUGCGAGCAAAGUCAGAGACAAAGUUACUAAGAAGCCGUCAGUGUUUAACAAACAGAAUGCAGGAGUUUCAGCCAGAGCUCAGAAGGAUGCAGAGGAGAUGGCAGAGGAGAGAAGUGACCUCACUGCUUCCAGACGGAAAUUGGAAGAAAAGGCAAAACUUUACGAGCAAAUGUCGAAAGGCGAUUUACCAGACGAGGAGACGGAGGGACUCUUUCUCGUCGACUUCACUCAGAAAAUUAUCGAUAAAAAGAAUGAGACUCGAUCACAGCAGGAGGCAGAGAGGCAGCGACAGAGAGAGGAGGAGGAGAGGGCGACUCCCAUCCCACCUCCAGAACACCCAGACGAGGAAUGGGUGGACUAUGUUGAUUCUUUGGGACGAUCACGAAGGUGCAUGAAGAAAGACCUUCCCAGUUUCCAGAGAAUGGACUUGGAUUUGAACACCGGAAAAGUUCCGGAAGCUCAGAAAACCCUUCUCUCUGAGGACAUGCGACGAGAGCUGCAGAGGAAGGAGUGGGAGAGAGAGGAAGAGGAGGCGAUGAAGAGGCCGGUGGGACCAGUGCACUACGAGAACAUCAGAGCACAAGAGGCCAGAGAGCUGGGCGUCGGUUAUUUCUCCUUUUCUCAUGAUGUGGAGGAACGACGGAAGCAGAGGGACACUUUGGACAUGCUCCGAGACCAGACGACGGAUCAACGAACGAAACGCGAGCGUCUGAAAGAGAAGAGACAAGCAAUUCUCCAGGCGCGACUCAAGAAGGUCCGACAGAGGAAGAAGAAGAACAACAAACUUGAUGGAGAAGAAGAAGAGGAUGAUGAUAAUGAACAAGAGGAAGAGGAGGAGACUGAGGACGUCCCAAAGCCAAGCAUGGUGAAGAAGGUGGAGGUGGAGAUCCAGGAACGAAGAGACACAAAACCAGGAGUGCCACACGUCCGCGAGUGGGACAGAGGAAAAGAGUUCAUGUUUGACGAAUGGAAAGAUCGCCGUCGAACAGAACGCGACUCUGAGUUUGCGCCGCCUUCUGCUUAUUACAACGACGACGUCAAAAAAGCCAGAUUUGGAAAAUUCAACUCAUUCAAAUCCAAAACACUUUUCAAACCAACCACAGACACAGAGGAGAUACCAGAAACCAAACCAGAAGCAGAGUUUAAAACCAGUCCUCCAGCUCCUUCUCCAUAUUCUCCUCCAGCUGCUCCUCCUGCUCCACCCAAAGUACAACAGGAUUUCCUCCAACAAGGUCCUGACACGGCUGGUCCAUCUCAGAGUUUUGCUCCAGAGUUUCGCCCAGCUACUGCUCAGAGUUACCCCACAUUCGAGCCCCUUCCUCCUGGGGUAUCCGCAUCGGAAGGCCCACCAAUCGGCUAUCAGUAUCCACCACCGCCAUUUUGUCCCCCUUUCUCGCCGCCGUUUAUGCGCCCAAAUAUGCAGUUUUUUCCUCCAGCACCAGGGACAAUGUUUGUGUCACAUUAUCCUCAGCAGACGCAGCAGCAGCAGCCACCGCAGCAGCAGCAGCCACCGCAGCCGCCGCCGCAGCAGCAGCCUCAGGAAACCGCAAAAAGCUCAGAGAGUUUGGAUGAUAUGCUUUCUUUCUUUAGAAAUUCUAACUGA